CCCACCAGCACCUGGCAGAGUGGCAUUACCUGUACUAGCAGAGUGACACUACCUGUACUGGCAGAGUGGCAUUACCUGUACUAGCAGAGUGGCAUUACCUUACUGGCAGAGUGACACUACCUGUACUGGCAGAGUGGCAUUACCUGUACUAACAGAGUGGCAUUACUGGCAACGCUGGCUUGAGCAAUGUGUGUUAGAUCUCUUUGUUUGCUUCUGUACUUUGUCGCUGUAGAGAGCACCUGCCCCACUAACUACACGGACGUCAGCGGCUUCUGCUACAAGACGUCAAGCGCCACCUUGGACUGGCAUGCAGCACAGGACGCUUGUCUACAAGAUGGCGGCGGACUGGUCGUCAUUUCAAGUGACGCCGAAAACACGGCUUACAAAAAUUUCAGAGAAUCCCAGUUCCAAAAUGGCAGCCCGGGCUGGGUUGGCAUUUACUACGUGAACACCUCAGGCAGCUGGUUCUGGCAGUACCUGGUUGACAAGUACUCGGCAGGCAGCGGCGGCAUCUUCGGCAACUACGACAACAACAACACCAUUCCCAUUGGACACGACGGUGACUGCAUCAGUGCCUGGCCGCCCAACUACCUCUGGAGAAACGCCAACUGCUCGGCCCCGUUCACCUUUGUCUGUGAGGCCAGACCUUUGAACGCAGGAACUAACCUCGUUCCUAGCACCACAGCAGAGAACCGGACUAGCAACUUCCUGUUGAGCCACUGGGUGAAGGUCUCCAGCGACUCGCGCUGUGUGAGGGCAGACAACAGAGCUGAGCCACUGGCCACAUCCGCCGUCUCCUGCGCUGUCUACUGCACCCACUGGGGCGCCUGCACCGCCUUCAACCACCACACGUCUGACAACAGGUGCGAGUUUGUCAUGGCGGACGUCAACCUGACAACCCUGGACGUACAGGCGGGCUGGGACGUCUGGGUCAAAUACCCGUAGACGU